AUGCUGGUAUUUAUUGAAGCCCCGCCGGGCUAUGAUGAUGACGAAGUGCACGAGGCCGAUCCUUGCUCAUUGAAGUUGGAAGCAAGGAGUCAGUCAGCCCUAUGUCUAACUACGGAGUCAGUGUACGGAGUAUGCGAUUAUGCACACAUCAACUCGAAGUCGAAGAAGGGUCUGGACUAUUUGCUGCAGUUGGCAGGCCAACUGAAUGCUGGCACGGGGGGAGUACCUACUGUAGGCUUAGUAAGCCAUGCUCAGCAUCUGCCAUCAUCAGGCCAAACAGUACCCACAAUUCGGGCCGCCAGAGAUGAGCCCCCGUCCCUCUCGCCCGGUUUCACUUGCUGCUCCACCCAAGCCUGCAAAAUGAUUCUUUCUGUUCCUUCUCUCCUACUUGCAGUUGAGGCUAACGCACUACUCAUGGCUAGAUUGACGGAAAUCCCUCCCUCGCGUCAAUCACACCUGUCAAUCGUAGAUCUACACACGACCGUACACUGUACAAAGUAAGUAUACUCCGGAGCAGUUCUUCUCGUCCACGUCGAGACCAAUUACCACCUGAACCAAUCACACCGAGAAACAAGGAUAAGGAAAAAAGCUGAAAAGGACAAGGUACGUAACUUGUAUGGUUCGAAUGCUGCCCCUCUGCCCCUCCUCCAU